UGCCGGGCAGGGACCCAAGCUGCGCACAGGGCAGGCGGGAGCCCGGCCUCGGAAAGGGAUGCCUCCUGGCUCGAACCACAGGAGCACCCACCGGCCCCCCCUACGAUGAUCCCCCCGGCGAGCAGUGCCCCUCCGGGAGAGGCCCUCUUCCCCGCCUUGGCCCCCCAGGACUUCUGGAGGCCUCCGAUCGCUGGCUACUCGGGGUCCGUGACGCAGCACAUCAGCCACCGGGCCAACAACUUCAAACGGCACCCCAAGAGGAGGAAGUGCAUCCGGCCCUCGCCACCCCCGCCCCCCAACACCCCGUGUCCGAUCGAGCUGGUGGACUUCGGGGACCUGCACCCCCAGAGGUCCUUCCGGGAGCUGCUGUUCAACGGCUGCAUCCUCUUCGGGAUCGAGUUCAGCUACGCCAUGGAGACGGCCUACGUGACCCCAGUGCUGCUGCAGAUGGGCCUCCCCGACCAGCUCUACAGCCUGGUGUGGUUCAUCAGCCCCAUCCUCGGAUUCCUGCUGCAGCCACUGUUGGGUGCUUGGAGUGACCGAUGUACCUCAAGGUUUGGAAGGAGACGCCCUUUCAUUCUUGUCCUGGCCAUAGGGGCGCUGCUGGGCCUCUCGCUCUUGCUCAACGGCAGGGACCUCGGGGCGGCGCUGGCCGACACGGCCAGCGACCACAAGUGGGGCAUCCUGCUCACCGUGUGCGGCGUGGUGCUCAUGGACUUCAGCGCCGACUCGGCCGAUAACCCCAGCCACGCCUACAUGAUGGACGUGUGCAGCCCGGCCGACCAGGACCGGGGCCUGAACAUCCACGCCCUCCUGGCAGGUCUCGGAGGAGGGUUCGGCUAUGUGGUCGGGGGCAUCCACUGGGAUAAAACCAGCUUCGGGAGAGCCCUGGGUGGGCAGCUGCGCGUCAUCUACAUCUUCACGGCCGUCACCCUCAGCAUCACCACCGUCCUGACCCUGGUCAGCAUCCCCGAGCGACCGCUGCGGCCCCCAGGCGAGAAGAGGACGGUCAUGAAGAGCCCCAGCCUCCCGCUGCCUCCCUCCCCGCCCGUCCUGUGUGAGGAGGCCGCCGGCCAGCCAGUCCCCGGCCAGACGGCCAGCAGCCUGUACGCCAGCUUCUCCAGCCCCAUCUCCCCACUCAGCCCCCUGACGCCCAAGUACGGCAGCUUCAUCAGCAGAGACAACUCCCUGACGGGCCUCAGCGAGUUCGCCUCAUCCUUCGCCACGUCCAACAUCGACAACGUCCUCAUCGACUGCUUCACGGGCGGCCCCGACGGCUACCUAGCCAUCCCGGGCAGCGUGCCUCGGCCGGGCAUCAGCGUCAGCUUUCCCCGGGCCCCCGACGGCUUCUACCGCCAGGACCGCGGCCUCGGGGACAGACGAGAUGCUGCCCUGGCCACCGGCCCCAACGGAGAUGUGCUCCAGGUGGGCUCGCUGGACACCUCCAAGCCGCGCUCGGCCGGGAUCCUGAAGAGACCCCAGACCCUGGCCCUCCCGGAUGCGGCCGGGGGUGGUGGCUCUGACACCAGCAGGCGGAGAAACGUGACCUUCAGUCAACAGGUGGCGAACAUCUUACUGAACGGCGUGAAAUACGAGAGCGAGCUGACCGGCUCCAGCGAGCCGUCAGGGCAGCCUCUGUCCAUGAGGCGCCUCUGCUUCACCAUCUGGAACAUGCCCCGGGCCCUGCGCCACCUCUGCGUCAACCACUUCCUGGGGUGGCUCUCCUUCGAGGGGAUGCUGCUCUUCUACACGGACUUCAUGGGCGAGGUGGUGUUUCAGGGGGACCCGAAGGCCCCGCCCGCGUCGGAAGCCUAUCAGAAAUACAGCGGCGGCGUGGCCAUGGGCUGCUGGGGGAUGUGUAUCUACGCCUUCAGCGCUGCCUUCUACUCAGCCAUCCUGGAGAAGCUGGAGGAACACCUCAGCAUCCGCACGCUCUACUUCAUCGCCUACCUGGCCUUCGGCCUGGGGACCGGGCUGGCCACCCUGUCCAGGAACCUCUACGUGGUUCUGUCCCUCUGUGUCACCUACGGGAUUUUGUUCUCCACCCUCUGCACGGUGCCCUACUCGCUGCUGUGCGACUACUACCAGAGCAGGCAGUUCGCAGGGUCCAGCGCGGACGGCACGCGGCGGGGCAUGGGUGUGGACAUCUCUCUGCUCAGCUGCCAGUACUUCCUGGCCCAGAUCCUGGUGGCCCUGGUCCUGGGGCCCCUGACGUCGGCUGUGGGCAGUGCCAACGGGGUGAUGUACUUCUCCAGCCUCGUGUCCUUCCUGGGCUGCUUGUACUCCUCCCUGUUUGUCGUCUAUGAAAUCCCUCCCAGCGACGCGGCCGCCGAGGAGCACCAGCCCCUCCUGCUGAACGUCUGAGUUGCGGAGCCACGGCAGGGGUCAGAGGCAGGCCAGCCAGCCCAAGGGCCCUGGGGCACACGGGACAGGCCUCCUGUUGGGAUGUAAAUAUGUGACAAAACAAUAAACAGCGGCAGCAAAGCC